ACAGUAUGCCAGGGCAUCACUAACCGGUUCAACCUUCUGGGGUCAAAAGAGGGCCACUACUUGAACAUGGUCAAGACCUACAGCAACUGUACUGUUGUCCUAGAGAACCUGGAGGUCACCCACAUGGAGGACCACCAUGAUCUGUCUUUCCUAAGGGUAAGAUAAAGGAACGCUAGCCUGGUCCCAGAUCUGUUUGUGCUGUCUUGUCAGCUCCUAUGAACAAUGACCAUAGGAGAUGUCAAGAUGGCACAAACAGAUCUGGGACAAGGCUACAGGUAAGGAACCCCUUUGUCUGGAGAAAGCAUUACUGGAUGAAAACAUCACAGCUGCAAAAAAUAUCUAACAAGCUUGUUUUAACCUACGGGCAUGGUCCAAAGCUAUUUCAAUGGGUCAGCUGUCCAAAACACCUCAUUAGAGCCUUGUAGCUUCAGUUGAAAUAGUCUCUUAGGUUGCGCUCAUACUUGUGACUAGGUUCAGUGGGUUACCGGUAGUAACCUUGUGUGAACCUUGUCUAGCUAUGAGGUUGUAGACAGGUGAUGCGAAAACCAGCAGGACCUGAGCUGGAGCCUCUAGGUCUGGUCUAACCCAAAUCUUUCCUUGUUUGUCCCCAGUCCAUUCAGGAGGUGGGUGGCUACGUUCUGAUCGCCCUUAACACAGCCAACAGGAUUCCCCUGGACAACCUACGCAUCAUCCGAGGCCACACUCUCUACGACAAUGGCUUUGCCCUGGCUGUGUUGCUAAACUAUAACAAGUCAAUGGGAGCAGGCACCACCGAGCUGCCUCUGACCAGCCUCACAGGUCAGUCUCUAGGACUGUCCCUGCACUGCCCAGGCAAUCUCUAUACCCAGCUUCAUAAUGAAUGGUCACUGUGGGCCUUCUCACAUACUAGAGCCAAACCAGGGAAACUCUGAGCCCUUGUUAUAAACUAGGAUUAGGGUAGGGUUGCAUCUGGAGCUAGGUGUUGUGGUUGUGAUUGAGGCUAUGGUCAGGGUUGGACCAGGAUGUGGACAUGAAGCUAGGGUUAGGGUUGAGGCUAGGGUUAGGGUUGAACCAAGAUGUGGACACGAAGCUAGGGUCAGGGUUGAGGCUAGUGUUAGGGUUGAACCAGGAUGUGGUCGCAAAGCUAUGGUUGCAUUUGGAGCUGGAGUUGGGUUAUAGAUUAUUUAAUAUACACAGUUUUAUUACAUUAAUUAAUUCACAUCAACAUUUAGCUUCCACCUGAAAAUAAACGCAUCUCUCUCCGUUUUCCAGAAAUCCUGAAAGGAGGAGUGAAGUUCUCAGGCAACCAGCUGUGUAACGUGGAGACCAUCCAGUGGUUGGACAUUGUGGACAGUAACAGCAAACCCAACAUGCAGUUACCUGAACCCAGCAGAAAUCGUCUCUGUAAGGAGCUGCUGUUACAGCACAUUAGACAAUGUUACAACACAUUAAACAAUGCGUCACAUAAAUGUACCUACUAUAAUCCCAUUCAAUAUUUUGUGUUUUUAUACACCCUUGAGGCUAGAUUUGUUCAUGUUGUUAGAUAUUAACAGGAAGCUGCUUCACCCAGUGCAGCCAACAUUUUAGUAAUGUUUAACUUUCAACUAUCAAAUACUCAAACUUUGUUUUAUUGAACAUUAAAGUGCUAAAGUACACUAUAAAGUAUUGAAGUACACUGAAGUUGCAGAGUUCUUGAACUAUUAUUUUGAUAUAUUUUCUGUAGGUGAAAAAUGUGAUCCUGGAUGCUUCAAUGGUUCAUGUUGGGCACCCGGCCCAGAACACUGCCAGACAUGUAAGUCUGUAAACCAUACUCUAAUAUUGUUGAAAGGUACACUACCGUUCAAAAGUUUGGGGUCACUUAGAAAUGUCCUUGUUUUCGAAAGAAAAGCAAAAAAAAAUUGUCCAUUAAAAUAACAUCAAAUUGAUCAGAAAUACAGUGUAGACAUUGUUAAUGUUGUAAAUGGCUAUUGUAGCUGGAAACGACUGAUUUUUAAUGGAAUAUCUACAUAGGCGUACAGAGGCCCAUUAUCAGCAACCAUCAGUCCUGUGUUCCAAUGGCACGUUGUGUUAUAAUUUUAAAAGGCUAAUUGCUCAAUAGAAAACCCUUUUGCAAUUAUAUUAGCACAGCUGAAAACUGUUGUGCUGAUUAAAGAAGCAAUAAAACUGGCCUUCUUGAGACUAGUUGAGUAUCUGGAGCAUCAGCAAUUGUGGGUUCGAUUACAGGCUCAAAAUGGCCAGAAACAAAUAACUUUCUUCUGAAACUCAUCAGUCUAUUCUUGUUCUGAGAAAUGAAGGCUAUUCCAUGCGAGAAAUUGCCAAGAAACUGAAGAUCUCGUACAAUGCUGUGUACUACUCCCUUCACAGAACAGCGCAAACUGGCUCUAACCAGAAUAGAAAGAGGAGUGGGAGGCCCCGGUGCACAACUGAGCAAGAGGACAAAUACAUUAGAGUGUCUAGUUUGAGAAACAGACGCCUCACAGGUCUCAACGUCAACAGUGAAGAGGCGACUCCGGGAUGCUGACCUUCUAGGCAGAGUUGCAAAGAAAAAGCCAUAUCUCAGACUGGCCAAUAAAAAGAAAAGAUUAAGAUGGGCAGUCUGAGAUGUGGCUUUUUCUUUGCAACUCUGCCUAGAAGGUCAGCAUCCCGGAGUCGCCUCUUCACUGUUGACGUUGAGACCUGUGAGGCGUCUGUUUCUUUCGAAAACAAGGACAUUUCUAAGUGACACCAAACUUUUGAACGGUAGUGUAAGACAAAACAAGGGCUUAGUUGUAUGAUAUCAUAACUGGCACCUGCACAUUACUGAUGCUGUUUUCCUUCCAUUUAGUGACGAAGCUGAACUGUGCCCAGCAGUGCUCUAAGAGGUGUAAGGGCCCGUCUCCCAUCGACUGCUGCAACGAACACUGUGCUGCUGGCUGCACUGGACCCAGACCUACAGACUGUCUGGUGAGAGACCCUAACCAUAACCCUAACUCAUCUUCACACUGUAUCGGACCCAGACCUAGACCGUCUGGUGAGAGACAGACCGACAGACACAUACGCCACUUUCACACACUACUGGGGUCGGGAGUAUUUCUUCAUGUCAUGUGACCUGACCAGGAAGAGAGAGACAGAUGCCACCAUUGUACUGGGGUCAUAGGGUGGGACAGGAGUGAUCAUGAACAAUUCUGGGCUUUAGUUAGGCUUUAAGUAGGGUCCAGUUUUUUCUGGUCAGGUCACGUGGUCUGAAAAAACCCUAGCUAGUCAUAGGUCAAUAAUGGAGGCCAAUUGCAUCUCUCACAUAUACUAUGUUUUUUCCUUCUUCUUUGUAGUUAUUUCUUCACCAAAUAAAUGUGUUAGGAAACAGACACACAUUCCAUUUCACAUUUCACACAUAUUUAUUUCUCUUUUAUGAUGCUCCCUUUUGUCGUAUUGGCUGGUGACCAACAUACUGUACACCAGUAACACUGUUUUCUAUCCACUUUAUGAUUGAAACCACAUUGUGUUGCUUUUGCAUCCGGUGACCCUUUCUAUCACUGAAUAAACCCUGCUUUUUGACAGAAUCAGGCUUGGUCCCAAGCUGGUAAGAUAAGCCGGCGUCACCUAUUCCUCUCUGGCUAAACUGAGCCGUGAAAUAGGAAUGCAGUGUUAGAAUCUGUGCAUACGGCGCUGUUAUGGUCCAAUUGCUCUGUCAAUGAAGGCUGGGCUGUAUUUAUUAGGACAUUUUGCAACAGAAAGUGAAAACAAGCGUUUCUUAUUGGACAAGUUCAGGUAGUCCAUUUCCUGUUUGUCUGUUUUCUUCCAUUUGGUGCUUAAUGAACAUAGCCCUGUUUGGUGCUGUAGGCUUGCCGGGACUUUCAGGAUGACGGGACAUGUAAAGACUCGUGUCCGCGCCUUCUGCUCUACGACCGCAACCUUCACCAACUGGUCAACAACCCAGACGGGAAGUACAACUUCGGGGCCACCUGCGUCAAGACCUGCCCUCGUAAGAAAACCCCCAUGUCCCAUCCAUGUCCCCUUAUGACCUCCUCUAUGAGGCUACUGUAUAUUAAUUAGAAGCUUUGUACACAGAGGGUGCUUCAGCCGAGACAUUCAGCGAUGUGAAACGUUCAGAUAUGGUAUGCUGGUGUGCUGAACAAGGGGCCAAAUGGUCCCUCUAGGCCAGUGUUUCCCAACUCCAGUCCACCAGUACCCCCAACAGCACACAUGUUUGUUGUAGCCCCAGACAAACUCGCCUCAUUCAACUCAUUGAGGACUUGAUGAUUAGUUGACAAGUAGAAUCAGGUGAGUUUGUCCGAGGCUACAACACAAAUGUGUGCUGUUGGGGGGACUCGAGGACUGGAGUUGGGAAACGCUGGCCUAUGGGCUGGUGUAUUGCUCUAAGUCAGUCAGUCUGUGCCAGUCUCUGAGUUUAAUCAUAAACUGCAUAAACGAGGAAAGACAAUACUACAGCUGCCUCCACUUUCUCCAGGCUGUUAGAAUCAGCUCUCAGACACUGGCAUGCAUGCAAUCCUGUUCUAUACAGUACACAAUGCAUUACAUAGGUUUGUUAUAUAUUCUGUUUUUUCCCCUCAGAUAACUAUGUGGUGACAGACCAUGGAGCGUGCGUUCGGACGUGCAGUGGUGACACAUACGAAGUGGACGAGGGAGGGGUUAGGAAGUGCAAGAAGUGUGAUGGACUGUGCCCCAAAGGUAGAGUUGAUACUGCCACAACUCCUAACGUUAUUUUACAUCCUCAUGGCAGGGAUGAUAGCGUUCAUGAUGAUACUGCCUGAAUGUGUCUCUCUGUAACAUGUAAUGUUCAUCCCACAGUGUUAUUCCCCAACGAUGCACUGCAGGGUUGUGUUCAAUACAAUUUGAUUUCCAAUAGAGGAUUUUCAGAUUCUUGAAUUGGAAUUUCAUUUUACUUAUUGAAUUAAAAUGUAUUUUACCCUGCUGUACUGCACUAGUUUUCUGGGGGAGGAAGAAAUCAGAAGCCAAGUUUGUUUUUAUUAAUAUGUUACACAUUUUCACAGUUUGCAAUGGACUUGGAAUGGGGAAACUUGCCAAUAUUCUGUCAAUUAAUGCCACCAACAUUGACACAUUCAAAAACUGCACCAAAAUCAAUGGGAACAUUGCUAUUAUCUACACAUCUAUCCAUGGGUAAGUGUUAAGAACAUAUAGAAUAAGACCUAAGAACAUAUAGAAUAAGACCUACGAGCCUGUAGAAUAAGACCUACGAGCCUGUAGAAUAAGACCUACGAGCCUGUAGAAUAAGACCUACGAGCCUGUAGAAUAAGACCUACGAGCCUGUAGAAUAAGACCUACGAGUCUGUAGAAUAAGACCUGACUAGUUUUUUACAUCACAUAUAAUGUAUUAUAUUUGUGAAUAUGGCAGUUACAUUUCACAGUUAUUGCUAUUCACAGGGACCAAUUUACCAAAGCACCAAAGAUGGACCCUGCCAAGCUAGACGUUUUUAAGACUGUCAGAGAAAUCACUGGUAAGAGGCUUUGCAGACUAGUCUAUUAACUAUACUAAAACAUUAUCAAAAGAGCCAUGCUGUUGAUUAUUUUACUUUCAAAUGUAUUUAUAUUGUAUUUUUUUCCAUUAAAAAAAAAACCCAUCCAGGCUACCUGCUGAUUCAGAACUGGCCAGAGAACAUGACAUCCCUCAGUCCCUUUGAAAACCUGGAGAUCAUUAGAGGACGGACCAAACGGUAAGACCACUGUUCAGUCUCAGCCUCUAUUAUAGAAUGGCAGUGGUGAGCUGGUCAAGCCCUAUAGCCACCUUGAACUUCCUAAAUGAAGUUUCUCCCUCUCACUCCCUCUCCUCUCUCUCCCUCCUCAGUGGUCUGGUGAGCUUGGCCAUAACCCAGUUAACCAUCACCCACCUGGGUCUUCGCUCGCUGAAGGAGAUCAGUGAUGGAGACGUGGUCAUCACCAGGAACCUCAACCUCUGCUACACCAAGAAACGCCACUGGAAGCAGCUGUUCAAGUCCAACACGCAGACCGUCCGGCUGGAGAGCAAUGCCGAUGCAGCCGCAUGCGGUAAAUCAUAGUCAUUAUUUUAUGAUUAACAUUUUUAUUGAUAUGUGUGGUCACAUAACACACAAAAAGGAACACCAACAAACAGAACAGACGCAACAAACACCAAUAGUCAACACCAUAAUGUCACAUAAACAACUCAAGCCCAUAAUAAAUUAGAGAUAACAUGAUGUUCUGUGCUUACUAAAGGUUACAUCGGGAUAUGUGGCUCUGAGAUUAAUAUUGGCCCAUGCCAAUCUCUAUUGUUGUGGCCAUAAAACUAUGAAAGUGUGGGAGAACUAGGAAAUUAACGCUAGCUUGUUGCUUGUACAGGGUUGUGUGAAAAGUAAAAAGGAUAUUUUGAAUACUAUAUAUACUUUAUGUAUUAAUCUGGGUUAAAAUAAUUAUUUUGUAUUGAUAUCUGUGUGUCUGUAUAUGUGUGUUUGCAGAGCUGCAGAACAACACAUGUGACACAAUGUGUACCAGAGAUGGCUGCUGGGGACCUGGACCCACCAUGUGUUUCGCCUGUCAGGACUACAGCCGAGCAGGAAGCUGUGUAGACUCCUGUAACCUACUAGAGGGGUGAGGGAGGAGCCCCUUUCUGUUCCCCAUUUAUACAAUCAAAGUAACCUGAUUCUGCAAAGCUGAAGCAGUGAAGAAGCGUGAAAAUGUACUUUUUGUACACUUGGCAAAGAUAAACUAUUGGCAACUUAAGCUAUCAAUUGAACAUGGGUAUUUUGCAAGAUGCAGUUUUGCAUGGAACUAAAUAGUAAAAUCAGACAGAAGACGUGCCAUCAGGAGUACAUGUAAGAAGUUCUUAAGACAGUAAGGCAGCAAUAAACCCAAUUCAUGAGAAGACGGUCCUCUCAGCUGGAAUGGGAGCACUUAACUCAUAGCUAUUUAACUUUGGGAGUCUCCUCUGUCAAAUAUUGAGCAUCACCUUGCUUACAAUGUAACUCUUGCUAUGAGGAAAGGGAUCAAUGCAACCAUCUGCAAAUGGAACCACCUGAAAUCAAAUGUUCAACCAGUAGAAAUUAUAGCCUGGUCCCAGAUCUGUUUAUGCUGUCUUAGAAACUCCUAUGGGACAAUGACAAUAAAGGUUGGCAAGACAGCACAAACAGAUCUGGGACUAGGGUAGUGGAAAUAUGUUACAUGCUGACAUUUUGUCCUCAUUUUGCAGGGAGCCACGUGAGACUGAAGUGAAUAAGACGUGUGUGGAGUGUCACCCUGAGUGUCAGCUCCUCAAUGGAACCCAGACCUGCUCUGGACCAGUACGUGUGUCUCUUAUAUUUAUUCUAUGUCUAAGUAUUUAUAAACUGGGUGGUUCGAGCCCUGAAUGCUGAUUGGCUGAAAGCUGAUCUAAUUACAUUGGUAACCAGUUUAUAAUAGCAAUAAGGCACCUCGUGGGUUUGUGGUAUAUGGCCAAUAUACAAGACAUGGCCAAAUGUAUGUGGACACCUGCUUGUCGAAACAUCUCAUUCCAAAAUCAUGGGUUUUAAUAUGGAGUUGGUCCCCCCCCCUUUGCUGCUAUAACAGCCUCCACUCUUCUGGGAAGGCUUUCCACUAGAUGUUGGAACAUUGCUGCGGGGACUUGCUUCCAUUCAGCCACAAGAGCAUUAGUGAGGUCGGUCACUGAUGUUGGGCGAUUAGGCCUGGCUCGGAGUCGGCAUUCCAAUUAUUCCCAAAGGUGUUUGAUGGGGUUGAGGUCAGGGCUCUGUACAGGCCAGUCAAGGUCUUCCACACCGAUCUCAACAAACCAUUUCUGUAUGGACCUCGCUUUGUGCACGGGGGCAUUGUCAUGCUUAAACAGGAAAGGGCCUUCCCCAAACUGUUGCCACAAAGUUGGAAUCACAGAAUCAUCUCAAAUGUCAUUGUAUGCUGUAGCGUUAAGAUUUCCCUUCACUGGAACUACGGGCCCUAGCCCGAACCAUGAAAAACAGCCCCAGACCAUUAUUCCUCCUCCACCAAACUUUACAGUUGGCACUAUGCAUUGGGGCAGGUAGCAUUCUCCUGGCUUCCACCAAACCCAGAUUCGUCCGUCGGACUGCCAGAUGGUGAAGCGUGAUUCAUCACUCCAGAGAACGUGUUUCCACUACUCCACAGUCCAAUGGCGGCGAGCUUUACACCACUCCAGCUGACGCUUGACAUUGCGCAUGGUGAUCUUAGGCUUGUGUGUGGCUGCUCGGCCAUGGAAACCCAUUUCAUGAAGCUCCCAACGAACAGUUCUUGUGCUGACGUUGAUUCAAGAGGCAGUUUGGAACUCUGUAGUGAGUGUUGCAACCGAGGACAGACGAUUUUUACGCGCUUAAGCACUCGGUGGUCCCGUUCUAUGAGCUUGUGUAGCCUACCACUUCACGGCUGAGCCGUUGUUGCUCCUAGACGUUUCCACUUCAAAAUAACAGCACUUACAGUUGACCGGGGCAGCUCUAGCAGGGCAGAAAUUUGACGAACUGACUUGUAGGAAAGGUGGCAUCCUAUGAUGGUGCCACGUUGAAAGUCACUGAGCUCUUCAGUAAGUAAUCUAUAGAGAUUGCAUGGCUGUGUGCUCGAUUUUAUAGACCUGUCAGCAACGGGUGUGGCUGAAAUAGCCGAAUCCUCUAAUUUGAAGGGGUGUCCACAUACCUUUGUAUAUAUAGUGUACCACGGCUGGUGACUCCGCGUUGCGUCAUGCAUAAGAACAGCCCUUAGCAGUGGUAUAUUGGCCAUAUAGGGGCGGCAGGUAGCCUGGCGGGUAGGAGCGUUGGGCCAGUAACCGAAAGGUUGCUGGAUUGAAUCCCCGAGCUGACAAGGUAAACAUCUGUCGUUCUGCCCCUGAGCAAGGCAGUUAACCCACUGUUCCCCGGGAGCCGAUGACUUGGAUUUCGAUUAAGGCAGCCCCCCGCACCUCUCUGAUUCAGAGGGGUUGGGUUAAAUGCGGAAGACACAUUUCAGUUGAAUCCAUUCAGUUGUACAACUGGCUAGGUAUCCUCCUUUCCCUACCACACCCCCUCAGGCCUUAUUGCUUAAAUAUACUAUGAAGCAGUAUGUGUCUCUCUCCAUGCCAUGUCCCAGCACAAUAGGUACAAUGUAUUUCUCUAGCAUGCUAUUAUUAUACAAUAGUUGUGUCUGUUAAAUAUGUUAUGUCUCCGCACAGUUGGCCUGUUUCCUUAGAAUGUUUCUUUAGAUGUGUAUGUAAUACAAUGUCUUGCAAUCCUCUUCUCUCUCUUUCAGGGCCACGAGCAGUGUACCCAGUGUGCUAACUUCAAAGAUGGCAACAACUGUGUCCUGGGGUGCCCUAGAGGGGUGCCAGGGGUGGCAGGGGGCAAGAACACCUUCAUCUGGAAAUAUGCAGAUAAGAUGAAGGUGUGCCAGCUGUGCCAUCAGAACUGUACCCAGGGGUAAGUCAAGGAAUCUGUCACAACCGCAUAAAUACAGUAAUGCACAAAUACAGACACAUGCGCCAUUUUAAUAAAAAAAGAAAUGUCUCAGUAAAAAAUAGAUAAAAAGUCAUUCAGCCGAGGUGUUAGAAUGGACACGUGCUCAUAUGUGCUUAUAUGAUUACAGAUGUACCGGUCCUGGUCUGAAAGGCUGUCAGACUAUAGGGUAAGCAAUUGACUCUAAUCAUGAACAGUAACUUCAAACAGUACUGUUCAAAUUGUAUUUAAACUUAGAAACACUAAGUUUACUAAGCUAAUGAACAUUUAUAAUGUGUAUGUCGUCUUUUCUCUGCAUUGAUUGGUUACCAUCUGUCUCCCAUGCAGUAACUCUGGCCUAUCAGUGAUCGCAGCUGGUGUGGUGGGUGGGCUGCUUGCCUUCCUCAUCAUGGGCCUGUCUGUCUUCGUGUUGCUACGGCGACGCCACAUCAAGAGGAAGAGGACCCUGCGAAGACUACUCCAAGAGAGAGAGGUGAGAGGCAGACACUGAACCACUGAGCUUUAAGGGCUUUCUAUGGAUGGAAUUCAGUCAUCAUUGAUAGUGCAUCAAAGUGAACAGAAGGUGAACAAUCCUUAUCCGCAUCUAUUGCUAUUCUACAGUUAGUUGAACCGUUGACCCCCAGUGGUGAGGCACCCAACCAGGCUCUGCUCCGCAUUCUUAAAGAGACAGAGUUUAAGAAGAUCAAAGUGUUGGGAUCAGGGGCCUUCGGCACUGUUUACAAGGUAAAUACAAACGUUACUUUUUCUAGAUUUCAUUCAGAAAACUCCAGUGUCUUGGAUUGUACUGUGGUAUUGUAGUAAAGGAGCUUAUGGGAAUGUGUGUUAAGACUGCAUAUAAACCAACACCCUUUAACCACAUCUACAUCUGUUGUCAAUUUUGCAAUUAACAGCCACAUAUUUAACGUACCACAUCAUGCAUCAUAAUCCAAUCCACACUUACUAUCAGUUAUUUUACCAUUCCCACAUUCCACUGUAACGAACCAAACCUUUAAGAAAUGAUUCAAGUACACACAGUUUUCUUAUGAUUAUUUAGUGCCUGACAUUUUUCCUGACCUCUUGACAUGACCAUGAAAACCUCUGUACUUUGUGUGUGUGUGUGUGUGUGCAGGGUCUGUGGGUCCCUGAAGGAGAGGAUGUGAAGAUUCCUGUGGCCAUUAAGGUUUUAAGAGAGGCCACAUCACCUAAAGCCAACCGGGAGAUAUUGGACGUGAGUUAUAUCCCUCUAUAUCACUUCACUCUAAGACAGUGCUGCCCAAUCCUGGUCCUGGAGGAAUGAAACACAUGGUUUUAUCAUCUCCUUCUAAUCAGGGACUAAUUCAGACCAGGGACACCAGGUGAGUGCAAUUAGCUACCAGGUAGAAACAAAAUCCAGAAAUGUUUCGGUCCUCCAGGACCAGGAUUGGCAUCCCUGCUCAAAGAUGUUUGUUCAUAGGAGUUAGAACUGGUAUCUUCCAAAUGUAAAGACAUUCUAUAUCUAAUUUACAGUAGAAUCUAAGUUAGUGCUAUUAGGUACAGUAUGGUAUCUUACAUUCAUUGAUGGUUAUCCAUACCACACUGUACAUGCACUUUCAAACUAAACAUUUGUUGACAAAUGAGUAUUUUGACCUAAUUUAGUGGCAUAAUAUAUUAUUGAGUAGCCUAUACAACCACUAUUGCAUGUCACUGGACAAUUUAGGUGUCAUGUUUCCUCUAAAAGUCUCAUUCCAAGCACAUGCUCUUCAAUUUGGGAAGAAGCUGAAAUAAUGACAACAUUUAGUUAGAAAAUGGGAAAAGGAGUCUGGUCUCUAGAAGUCGACCUCUCAGUGGGAGCGUAGGAAAUGAGAUUAACUAAUUGAGAAGGUUUGGACCAGGGUUGGGGCGUGGGAGGAGGAUACUAAUUCAAGGUUAAGGAUUGCUGGAAUUAAAUCAAAAAUCUCUUCCAGUAACCGCAGUUUAAAAAACACAGUCCAGACCUGGGUUCAUAUAGUAUUGGAAAUACUUUGGCUGGCUGGCUGGCUGCACUUGAUUGAGCUUUCCUGGCGCAAUGGAACCAAUAGAAUAGUCCAACUUCAUGCCCCACCCAUCUAGCACUUCAGGCAGGCUCAAUCAAACGCUCUUAAGUAUUUGAAAGAUAUCAAAUAUGAUUUGAGCCCAGGUGUGGCACAGUCCUGUGAUUAUUCAGUUUCAGGAUUUAGAGUGCAUGGACAGCUGAGGUUUUGCAGUGAUGUUUCUCUUGACAUCUCAUCAUGAGGUCAAGAACUUUCUUAAAGAAAAUGUCUUACACGUUUAAAUAUCUGGCUCAUAAGCGGACAUUUUCUUCAAGCUGUCAGUUGUUGAAAUGGUUCAUGUUUAGAUAUCAUUAUUGAGUUUUAUGAAUGCACACUAGAAUGAUGCCACCAUCCCUAGCCCUAAAUGCUGUAUACUGUACUGUACCACCCUGGAGUAAAUGUUGGUACUAUAUCUAACUGACUGUAGGAGGCCUAUGUGAUGGCCAGUGUGGACAACCCCCAUGUGUGUCGUCUGCUGGGCAUCUGCCUGACCUCCACAGUCCAGCUAGUCACCCAGCUCAUGCCCUACGGCUGUCUGCUGGACUACGUCAAGGAGAACAAGGACAACAUCGGAUCCCAGUACCUCCUUAACUGGUGUGUGCAGAUCGCCAAGGUAAGACUAAGGUGCAUUUAAACGACCGGACAAUCUGUGUUUAUUCAAUGUAGGGAAUUUCCAAGACGCUGUUAUUUUUCCAACUAACCAAAAGAAAAGUGUGUUUGUGAAAAUCGGUAUUCUCCUUUUACUCCUGUUACGGCUACAUUUGGAAUUUCAAACCACAAAAUGCUGGGUGCACUUCCUGUCCUGAAGUCGUCUGUCAUGCUCUACAGCAUAAUUAUACAGAUUUGGUGUCAGUCUGUGUUUGAUUUAGAAACCUUGUUGCUGUCUUGUCACACAACGAUCAUGUGGAGGUUAAGCAUAAAUGGCGAAACUGGAACGUGGCACCCAGACUAUAAGGCCCUGUGUUUUUCCUAGCCAUGGGACUUGACCAAAACGCUGGCCCUUUGACUACCCAUGAGUCACAGUGUAGUGUAUUAAAGCUUAAUCAAACAGUGAGUCAGUGGAAAGUUCGGAAUGGCCAUACACUCCUAUAGACCCCUACAGUUCACCGCUCACUUGACAUCUUGUUGACCUGUUUAAAACAAUAAAAGCACUAAAAAGUGCUGUAGGCCUAUGGCUCUGUUUGAAUACUGUUAGAAUGCUUCAAAUAGGGCCCAUGUAUGGCCUUAGACUCACUCAUUCACUUCUACCACCUCAUUUGACCUUUGACCUGUGGUUGACCCCAGGGGAUGAGCUACCUGGAGGAGCGUCACCUGGUGCAUCGUGACCUGGCAGCAAGGAACGUCCUGGUGAAGACCCCUCAGCACGUCAAGAUCACGGACUUUGGCCUGGCCAAACUCCUCAACGCUGACGAGAAGGAGUACCACGCUGACGGAGGAAAGGUCUGCUCCUCAAAGUUUGAUUUGAAUUUAAUUGAAUUCCCGUGAAGUAAUGUAACACAAGGAACACAUUUUUUGUAAAGUAAAUGUAAUGUUAUGAUCCCCUUUUUAAUUGUUCUGUUUGAUGGUGAUUUAUGUUGUUACUAUUUCCAACCCAACCUAAUAUAGUCUAUUGAUAACACAGAUGCUUUACCUACAUACCUAAUGUUGUAUUAGCCAUCUGGAAGAACUACCUCAGUUUGGUCUUGUGAACCCUAACUCAUGAGCCCUCUCUCUGCAGGUACCAAUCAAAUGGAUGGCACUGGAGUCCAUCCUCCACCGGAAAUACACACAUCAGAGUGAUGUUUGGAGCUAUGGUCAGGAACCCACAUAUGCACACUAUUUAAUAGGAUUCAUGCACUAAUCUCUUUAACAUACAUAUAUGAAUACUGUAUGUACAGCAAUACAUGUCAAUGCUGAACUGUGCCGGAAUUAACCACAAUGCUUGUGUAACUCCAGAUACAUAAAUAUCGUUUCUGGAUCUUGUACUUAAUCAGAACUGUUAAAAUCAGGUCCAGGUAGGAGUAUUGGGUUUUUUGAGCAUCUGGGAGAUUAGAGAAAUGGGUAUCUGGUAUCGGUGAACUAACUUUACACCAGCAGGUCCUGGAGGUCCGAUGUCUUAGAAUGUUGAAACCUCAACCUCAAACCAAUGUCCCUAACACACAUUACCCCUGGUUUGGACACACACAGUUUGGAAGCAUGCACGCACACACACACACACAUUUCCGCUCUGUGGGCAGGUCUCCAGAUCCUGUCCUCUGAAGUUGUGUCUUCUGCUUUACAAGGCAAAGACAUCAGCAGGCCCUGGCAGCACCACCCGCCAGCCCUCCUCCUCCUCCUCCUCCUCCUCCUCCUCUCUUUCCAUCCUCCUCUCCUUUUCCUCGUCCUCCUCUUCCCUUUCAAACUGAUCCAACACCAAUGGAACCUGCCAACUCCCACUCUUAAGGACACAUCCUGAUGUUGACUCUGCAGUGUUUUAGAAAGUAACUUGACAUUGUCGGUAUCUGCCUAUCAGCUUUUCUGGAAUGAAAACAAAGUCAUCUUCCCUAGUUAUUUAACUUUAACUGAGAUUGUGCCUAUGCCACUAUAAGUAGCCCUCCACUCGUACCCGUAUACAGGUUGAAAAUGGCAGAUUUGGGCACUGAUAAACACAUACAUUGGAACGCAGUGGUUGUACAGUAACAUGCAAUACAUGACGUCAGAGCUCAGGGUCUCCGCUUCACAGCGCUGUAUGGGUUUUGACUGACAGCCGUUCUGAACUUGAGCACCGCACGCGACAUGAAGUUGCCCCCAUUCGUCCCGCUAACUGGGCAACUUUUGCAAAUGUUUUGUUGUCUGAGUGAGGGAAAUUAGGACUCUAUUUAUUUUGAAAGAUGAUACGUUGAGGAUUAUAAUAAAUACCGCUUUGAUGUCAUACAAGCAAGCCAAACACCAUUAGUCCAAAUGUGCACUUCACAUUUUCAUACCAUAAAACUCAUGUCAUAUACAGUGUCAACGUUUAUGAUCACUAUGUCUGAUGUACAGAUACAAGAUGACAUGGCGUCAUACCCUGGGGUUGUUCUGAACAGAAUGAGCCUAUGUUUGUCUAUUGUGAAGAAAAUUCACUGCAGCACGCACCUGAAUGCACUCAUGACCCCUUUCUAUGCACACCAAAAUUAGAAUCAGUUUCCCUGAAUUGCAUUGUGAAAGCCUAACACUGUAAUAUCGUAUUUUAUAACUUAGCUAGUCAUGUUGGCAAUAGAACAGGCUUUCAAAUGAUGCCCAGCUGACCCAGAUUGCUAUUUAGAAUGGACUGUUUUUGGAUUGCGUAAACAACUACAGUAUUUGUGUGAUGGCGGGGAUGCAGGGUUGUGUUCCAACCCAAACAAACUACACGUGUGCUUUCCGUAGUUCCUCAACGGCACAGCUAGGAGAGCUCAAAAAUGCACUUUAUAGUUGAAGACUUCUUUGAGUCAUAAAAGUACAUUGAAAUUCCUUAGGAACUAUGCACACUUUAGAGAGGUGUGUGGCCACCAGUUAGUCCUCUCACUCAAACCCAUGUCAUAUUUGUCUUAUGUUACACCUACCCCACAUUUUCCAGGAAGAUUUUUAUCAUGUUACUGAAUGUAUCCAGAGUAUUUUCAGAUUUCGUUAUCAACAAAUGCAGCGAAAAGUACAGUAAACGUCAAAUGCACACAAAAUCAACAGUGUCAUGUUUGAAUUCAGUCUUGUGUCAGGUGAACUGUUGUGUCCUCACAUUUGGUCUAAUAAUUUUCCCAGAAUCUCCAAACUGUUCCCUUUCAAUUGCUACCAUGGUUAUGCAUUUUCAUAUUUCUUCUGUAAGAAACAUUUCAAUUUAGCCUUAUCCAAACAGGCCAAUUCCCACCUGUGUAAUUCAUUGUGACAGUAAUUAAAGUUUUUAACUGAGAUUAUGCCAUUGAUUGUGACUCUUAUCUAUUUCACUGUACCUCUGUUUAGGUGUGACCGUGUGGGAGCUGAUGACAUUUGGGACCAAGCCCUAUGACGGCAUCCCAGCCAAUGAGAUAGCAGGGGUGCUGGAGAAAGGGGAGCGGCUCCCCCAGCCUCCUAUCUGUACCAUAGACGUCUACAUGAUCAUGGUCAAAUGUUGGAUGAUCGAUGCAGACAGCAGGCCUCGUUUCCGAGAUCUUAUAGCUGAGUUUUCCAAGAUGGCGCGGGAUCCCCCACGUUAUCUUGUCAUCCAGGUAAGCAUUGUAACUCAUUGUCAUGAAUUACUGUGGAGUCACAGACAACACAAGCCUAUUUAACUCACUCAGCCACUGUAAGGUUAGUGAACAAACACGACCUACUCUGUAAUUCUUUCUGACUGGUCUUUGGGUACUGAUGGUGAGAUGUAUGUGUGUGUCUCUUCCAGGGUGAUGACCGAAUGCACCUCCCAAGCCCCACAGACACCAGGUUCUACCAGAGCCUAAUCAGUGGAGAGGACAUAGAGGACGCUGUGGACGCAGACGAGUACCUGGUACCUCAGCACAGCUUCUUCUCCAGCCACAGUACCUCGCGUACCCAGCUCCUACACUCUAUGGUACAAUAACACAUCCACUAGGCUAGCCAUAAUCUACUGCUUUGUAAUCUCGUCCACUAGCCGGCUCUCUGUCGAACCGUCUGGUUUCACAGUGCCUCAGAACAGGACUUGACUGGAAGUCUAUGGCAGGAGCGGAUGAAACAACCGCUGGUUUUAAUUGGCUGAUCUCUCAUUCAAUCACCAUCUAGCAUAACCUUUACAACCUCCCCCUACAUUGUGGACUUCAAAGCGUGAGCAGCAGAAGUGAUUUAAACAAGGUUUAAGUGAGUUUGGAAAAUCUGAAAAUACACAUUUUAUAAAUAGUUUUCACAUAUAAACUUUUUAUGCCCGAACUCAGAAUCAAUUGGGCUUCCCAAAAAUGAUAUGGUCAAUGUGAUAGAAUUUUGAUUGGCGAUUUUCGCCAUUUUUCAAAGUCCCAUCUAAUACAGCUGUAGCAGACUCGCUCCCUCACCCGCCUUGAUUUUCACCACACCCCUUUCAAGUUGCACAGUGUUACCAUGCUCUAUGCACCAGCAAUUUGAGCCUGGGGACGAGGCUUAAAUUGAUAGAGAGAUACUGUUUCUCAGACAUAGUCUACUCCUAUACUAAAAAGCAUGUUCAAUGGGGAUUAGUCCAGGAGAAGGCUUAAUCUGCAUCCACCAUCCACCAGCCACUGGCUCUCUGCCUCUGCACUAAUUUCUAACACAGAGAAUAGGUUUUUUAGUCUAUUAAAGAAACUGGAUUAAAUGCAUCAUUGCAGUGAAUCAAAGAAAAGGAAUUCCAUCGAACUUUUUAUGCUCACAGCUCUUUUCUGUUGUUCUACAAAGAAGGGGUCUGCAGAAUUUUGGUAUCCACCUCUACCGAGUUCACAUUUUGGCAGGGUGGAAAUGGACGUUUAUUGGGCAAUUUAGACUACUGGAGGCAAUUUAGGUUUCCCUACUACACCUUGGAUUAGAACUAACAACCUUGUGGUCAAUUGUUUCCGCAAAGGCUAGAACAAUGUCUUUAUUUAUUUAUCCUGUAUUUAACAAGAUGAAAUGAGGUCAUGUUGAUAGUACGUAUCCCUGUUCAAGUUCUUAGUUAGCCCCUUUUGCAAUCGUAGUGAAAUUGAAUCUUGGAAACAGAGUAAAUUUAAUUUACGUGGGCGUUUAUACCGUGUCAUACCUGGCUUGAACAAGACAGGCCUCAAUCGCCCACUUCCUGUUCCUGUUAAAUUGUCAUCAGGGGGACUCUUCUUCCCCUGUCCUUUUUCUGACCCCCGACUCCCCCACUACUCCCUCACCCCCGCUUUCUCACAUAUGCCCCUUGAUUGAUAGCAUUUGAGAUGAGGAGAAAUCCUCUCCUCUCCUCUCCUCUCCUCUCCUCUCCUCUCCUCUCCUCUCCUCUCCUCUCCUCUCCUCCAAGAGGCCAGUGUUGGCUAUCUGGGCUGUAUGCCUGCCACUGAAAGCCGGCUGCUUACUCCAUAAGCUUUCAAUUACCUUUGCAGGCAGGCAGCACUACUUCUUCAAUAUUUUUCUGCCAGAAUACAAGUUGAGGGACCUGCUUAUAUAAUACCAGCGUUUGGUACAAUAUACAGCCUUUUAUGGGCUUGGACUGGAGUCUUUGGCAGAUGGUCCCCUGCUUCACUUCUUUUCAUUUCCUCUUAUUCAGCCUGUCGAAAAUAAUUACAUUUGGAUGGUUGCUUUUAUUUUACCUUCUUCUUCAUACGCAUUUAUGAAAUUAAAAGGUUUUGACCUUUCUAAACAUUACUGUAAAGAACUAACAAGAACUUAGUAGAAGUAGGCCUACAGAAAUGUGGAUAUUUAUUUAUGUUUUUGUGGUAUUUUACCAGAUGUGUUGGAAUGUAAUUUUUGACCUGGGUAUAAAUCUGUGUUUCAGAGCCAGAACAGCACAUUGAACAGUAGCUUUGGAAUGUGCCACAGCAGAAAUGGGGUAAGAGAGACACACGUAAUUUUUUUUUGUAACAGUCAACAUCACAAAUGCACAUUGAGGUGUAUUGAAAAGGAAACUUUGUAGCAUUGACAGAGUCUUUCACAAUAUGAAACAACUCUCAUCUCUAACUCAUAUGAUACUUUGCAGUUAAGGUGUGGCUUUGGGCUAACAACGAUUUUAUUCUACCUAGAAUGGGUUCCCUGUCAGAGAAGGAAGCAUGGUUCUCCGGUACAUUGCUGAUCCCACAGACAGGUUAUUGGACCAAGCCUUCCAGCCAGCUCCAGGCAAGUAUGCUCCUUGACCGCCCAAAGGGUCUUAACCUGAGAACAUGUCUCACUUCCUAAGAAAUAGUGAUACAUUGUGCAGUUUUCUUACCAGAAACGGUUUUAUUUUCAAAGGAAGAAGGACCUCUGCUGGGCAAUGGCUGUAGGUCAUAUGCCACGUAGCGCGUCUCUGUCAUUGUUUAGAAUCCUACAAUUGAACAUUUAAUAAAAUGUCUUCACUUAGUACACAGAGUGGUUGUUUUCCUGCUGUAGUAACUCAUUUCUGUUAUUUCGCUUCAACAGACUACAUGAACCAGAAUGGAAUGUCGGACAUGAUGAACCCUGUAUACCAGCACCCCGGUCCCCCUCGCACCCUCCUCCCCACCAUCUCCUCAGACGACACAGAGACAGAGUACCUGAACUUCUAUAAGAAUGGGGCAGUGGGGCCUGAGUACCUAAACACCCUCCAGCCCUCCCUCCUCUCCCCAACCACCUCCAAUGGCAUCUCCCCCAUCACCUCCAAUGGCCUCACCCCCACUGCUAACAGCCUUUUCCCCAUGUUCAAUGGUCUCCCCUCCCCGAGCUCCAAUGGCCUCUACCCCACUUCCAAUAGCAGUCUCCACUGCGUCCAGAAAUACCAACCCCAGAACAGUAUAGAUAACCCAGACUACCAGCAGGACUUCACCCCUUCCGUCAAGACCCAUGCUAACGGACACAUCCCGGCCACAGAGAACACAGAGUACCUAGGCCCAAACUGA